GUCAAAAUCGAGAAAAACAGCCGAAAAGGUAAAAUCCAACUUCAAUUUUUAAAAUUUUUCAAAAUUGUCAAGUGCCAUGCUUUGCUGAAAUAUUGCAUCACGUUGUAACCUCAAACUGUUCUGGAACUUUCCAACUGCAGUUGUUUGUUUUGCCGGAACCCAGACCUUGAUCAAUUUUCCUAACACCUUUGUAGUUCUUUCGGCACUUUCUUCGCGGUAGAGAUGGCUUCGUUGUUGGCAGCCAGAUUAGUUUGUCGGGCUCCAAUUGUACAAAGUGCAGUUUUACGACAGCUGCCAAAGUUUCCAAAACAGUCUUUGGUGCGUUAUUAUGCAAGCGAAAGCCGCGAUGCAGCAGCGAGGGCUGCGAGAAGACAAACGAUCAAGGAGAAGAUGAUGGCCCCAGCUGGAGAAACAGCGUUUAAUAUUGGCCAGGGGGCUGUGGCUGGAGGCGCAUUGCUAGGUCUGGGAGCUUUGUGCUACUAUGGUCUUGGAAUGUCGAAAGAUGUAGGGUUAAUGGAACAAUCUGUUAUCUGGCCCCAGUACGUCCGAGACCGCAUAAAAACCACAUACAUGUACUUUGGAAGCUCGAUUGCAAUAACAGCUGCUAGCGCCAUGGCAGCUUUUCGCAGUCCCGCCAUCAUGAACCUGGUCACAAAGAACGGCUGGAUGGGUAUCAUGAUAACCCUAGGAGCUAUGAUGGGCACCGGCAUGCUCUGCCAGGGCAUCGAAUACCAGGAGGGCGUCGGACCAAAACAGCUCGCUUGGCUCGUCCAUGCUGGUACCAUGGGUGCCGUGCUGGCCCCAUUGUGUUUCUUGGGAGGCCCAUUGUUGAUGAGAGCUGCGUGGCUAACCGCCGGAGUGGUGGGCGGUUUGAGCACGGUAGCCGUGUGUGCGCCCAGCGAGAAAUUCUUGAACAUGGGAGCCCCUUUGGCGAUGGGAUUUGGGGUAGUUUUUGCAGCGUCUAUUGGUAGCGCUUUCCUUCCACCAACUACGGCUCUGGGCGCUGGUUUAUAUUCCAUGUCGAUUUACGGAGGCUUGCUUUUGUUCUCUGCUUUCUUGUUGUAUGACACGCAGAGGAUUAUAAAGCAAGCUGAAAAUUAUCCUGCGAGUCCAAAAUUGUAUGGAGUGAGGAACUACGACCCCAUUAAUGCGGCGAUUUCCAUUUAUUUGGACACGCUGAAUAUUUUCAUCAGGAUUGCGACCAUCUUGGCUAGUGGUGGGGGCGGCCAAAGGCGAUAAGCGACAUUGUGAUACAAAUUAUCAAUUAUAUUUCUUUUUAUAUUAUAAAAUAAAUUAAUUUCAUCUAGUGUUAAGGUGUACAUUAAAAUUUCUAAUUUAAGGGACUGUAUAUAGAGUGGUGUAAAAAAAUGACGUGUGUUUAUGAGUAGUUUAUUUAAGCUUUUUGUAUUCACAAUGAUUGAGUUUUUAGUAUUACAAUAAAUAACAUUCGAUAAUCA